AUGGCAACCACUAACUACAGCUCAAAAGAUAUUGGAGAAGGCUUGAGGGAUUUUGUUUCAAAGAUCAAACCGCAUAAUAAUGCUUUGGAAGCAUCAAAUGUGCAAAUAUUUAAAAAUUGGGAUUUGAUUUUGGUGAACAUAUUUUCAUCUAAGUUGGACAAAUUUUUGAGAAAUGAAUUUGAGUUAGGUAGGGAUCAGAACGUACUGCCCACUUUGGAGGAGCUAUUGGAAUUCUUGAAUAAAAAGAUAAGUGCUUGGGAGAUUUCAGAGCAGAAUGUUGAUAAGAACAAAGGCCUGGAAAAUAGGGUAAAAUACGAGGAGGAAAAUGUAGAGUCUGUUCACAAUUUAUUGCAUGAAAAUAGAAACAACAAUGGAAGUUAUAAUUUGAAUAAUAUAAGUUCUCGGGGUGGGGAAAAUGAACAAGUAAACUCCAACAGUGUGCCUCAGAGCGAAGGAAAUGUCGAACAAGUUACAAAUUAUACUACUAACAAUAUUGAGCACAAUGUUGAAUUGGAAGGUUUGACUUCCUGA